AUGGGGGCGAUACCUACCGGGGCCUCCGUCGACGCGCUGCCGUGGCGACGCCUGGGAACGCCAGCCAUCGAGCUCCGCCUUGAUGUGACGCUCCCGACUGGACAGAGCUUCCGGUGGCGGGAGAGCGGCCCAGGCUCGUACACAGGCGUGAUCGGGCAGCGCGUCGUGCAGGUCCGGCAGCUCGAGGACGACGUGGAGUACCGCGUCAUCGCCCGCGGGCCCGCCGCGGCGCACGCCGACGCCGGCGACCCAGCCCCCGCCGACCACGCUGCGGUUGUCGACUACUUCAACCUAGGCCACUGCCUCGCGGAGAUGACGUGCGAGUGGGCCGCCGCGGACGAGCGCUUCCGCGACGUGCACCCGCACUUCCACGGCGCGCGCAUGCUGCGGCAGGAUCCCUUGGAGACUCUGUUUGCCUUUGUCUGUUCGCAAAACAAUCACAUAUCUCGGAUCCACGGGCUCGUCGAGCGCCUGUGCGCGGACUACGGCACGCCGCUGAUGCCCGUCGCCGACGUGCGGGGGCUCGCGAGCCCUGGCGGCGACGACGGCGACGGCGCGGGCGCACCGGGCAAAGGGCGCGGGAAGGUGGCGGAGAUGAUCGCGGGGCUGGGGCUGUACGCGUUCCCCACGCUCGAGCAGCUCGGGCGGGCGAGCGACGAAGACCUGAGGGGGGCGGGGUUCGGAUAUCGAGCAAAGUAUAUCGUUGGGUGCACGGAAGAGCUUAGGAAGAAAGAGGGCGGCGGACACGCGUGGCUGCUCGGCCUGCGCGACGUCGGGCAGGCGGAGGCGAUCGAGGCGCUGUGCGGGCUCCCCGGGGUGGGUCCGAAGGUCGCGGCGUGCGUGGCGCUGUUCUCGCUCGACAAACACGGCGCGAUUCCAGUGGACACGCACGUGUGGCAGAUCGCGGUGCGAUACUACCGGCCGGACCUGGAGGGCAAGUCGCUGACGAAGAGGAUCCACGCGGCGGUGGAGCAGUGCUUCGUGGACCGGUUCGGGCCCUUCUGCGGGUGGGCGCACAACACCCUGUUUGUUUCGGAGCUGUCGUCGAUGCGCUCGCGGCUCCCGGAGCACCUGCGGCCGCCGCCGACGCCUGCGAAGAAGAGCAAGAAGGCCAAGGCGUCGUCGGGGAGCGAGGGCGAGGGCGAGGGGGUCGUCGGGCUGACGGCAACUCCUGUCGGGGAGGGGGGGGACACUGAGGAGCCGCGGAGUCGGGACGGCGGGAAGGGAGGCGACAGGUCGCCCGAGGAGAAGCCGAAGAAGAAGCAGCGGGUAUCGGCGCCGACGGAUUUCGACGAUUUGGUGUAA